CCCGUUCGAGCCCACUAUUAUACUCGUCUGUAUGAUACGCCCUCGUCUGCGUCGACCACCAUUCUCUCUCACGACCCCUCGUCGUCCGAAGACGACCAUCCGACGCAAGCAUGGCAUUCUCGAACCUGAACAACCGCGAGAAGGACGCGUUCUUCUCUCUGCUGGACGAGUACUUCUCCUCGCGCCCGGACCUCCUGAAUAGGCCGGGACAGGCGUCCCCAGAUGUAGUCAAAGCGUCGGCUGCGUCGGCUCUGCAUAGUGCCUUCAGCAAGACGACCCCUCAGGAUGCUGCGUCUGCCGUUAGUGGUUUCAGGAAGUCUAUGCCUCCACCGCGGCCGGAUGCCAGUGCGUCUUCGGCAUCUACGCCAGAUGUGUCGGCCUCAGUAGGUAGGGUAGCCGCCGCUGCAGCCGCGUUUGGCGCGUCUGGGCCUCCGUUGCCUCGACCACCUCCUCGCCGAGUACCGAGUUCAACUUCUGAGGAGCCCGAUUCGUCCACGAGUAAGCUUGUUCAAGAUAAGAGAUUCGGCGAUGUAGACAUCUCCUCUGGGAAGGCCAUAAGGGCCAACUUCGCGCCGCCGCCGGUUAGGCGAGUUGAUUCCACUGCGUCCAAUGCGGCGAACACCCCGUCUCCUCCGCCCCCACCUCCGCCUCGUCCUCGAGUCCCAGAACCGGAGCCUGAGGGUGAAUGGGCAGAAGCACUGUAUGACUAUACCAGCGACGACCCUGGCGAUCUACCUCUGGAGGAGGGCGACAGGGUGCUCAUUGUCGAAAAGACAUCGGACGAUUGGUGGACGGGCGAAAUGGACGGCAGGAGAGGUCUCGUGCCUGCUGCGUAUGUGAAGGUACUCUGAUUUACUGUCGGUGUUUGCAUGUCCCUGCGCUCUCCUUCAUGUAUCUCACGACUUGUGAUGUAUUCUCUCGAGACUGAGACUGAAGAAAGCGUCGUUCACGGGCUCACUAUGCCACGUGAUUGCUGUC